GUGCUCCGUCGCCUUUAAGAAGUUACUCUCAGGGACAUUUGCUGCGCCCCUUCUUUGAUUGUUGGUGGCAAUGAGAUACCGAUAAAUUGAUAUGCUGCCCUUUUCCUUGUUUUUAUUUUUAUUUUUAUUUUUAUUUUCUACCGUGCUUGCGUUGAUAUUUGAUCUCACUUCUCUUCCUCAACCUCUUGACCUAUCGUUUAUAUCUCCAUUUGUCAAAAUGAAUCAAUCGAGUCUUACCGCCACUGCAGAUGCCAGAGGGCUUAGUGUCAGCCCUUCUCCUUCCCAUGAUUCAGUCAACUCUCAUCCACCCUUCUUCCGCCUGAUCUAUGGCUCGCGACUGCUCCAUUUGCGGGGUAUCCGUCCUCUGACCCGUCCCUUGAAGGCAUGAUUACCUCGUUGGAAUACGACCUCAGCCGCGCUCAAACGCCUCAGCAGUCGUCUCGUUGCACUUCUAUUGCUGUAGAACCACCUCAUACGCCAUCUAGAAUUCCCGAAUCUCGUCAGCUAAUCCAGCAUGAUAUCGACAUUCCCUGCGAAAGCAAGGAAACCGAAGACGAUUCGAUAAUCUUCACGGACAAAUUUGACGCUCUCAACAUUGGUGAGAUCCUCCCGCGAAAACACGAAAACACCAAUGUUGGCACUGCUAUGCAUGAGAGCCGUCAUAACGGUCUCGGGUCUUCUUCGAAGACGGCACUGUCGCCAGCCGCAGAAGAGAAAGACAGCGGAACCAUGAUGGUAUUUGAUCACGAAAUGAACGAGCAUAAGCCUCGAACCCGCAAAAGAUACGGAGAACGUGAACGGAAGCAAACCGCAACGACAAGAAAACACGGGGCAUGUGAAUAUUGUCGCAAACACAAGCGCAGAGUAUUUGUCCAUGUCCAUUUGCUCCCACGCAACCGAGAGUGGCAUCACAAUAGUCCGCAACACGAGAUCGACAAGGAUGUUACAGUCAAAACAUGGCUGACACUUUCCAGGCGGAAGAUGAAUACACUGAGCCGGGGGUCUAUCCUACUUGAUCUUAAGGCCACGUCCUAUAAUUCAAAUCCAAUGCCACCAAAAGACGAGGGUCAACUGCCUAAUGUCAGAGCGUUAACUUUCGACCAAUCAUCCGCGUCUUCGCUGUCCUAUUCUGAGGAAUCGUCAUUUACCGACGUUGGUCCUAGCCACGAUGACCGUUAUGAGAAUUAUCCAGUUUCUCUCAUUCCGGGCUCUACGACUAUCCGUGGUACUCGCAUCGGGCGUGGUUCUCAACUUCCAAAGUCAAACCACAUGGCUUCAACCGUACCUUUGCCGCCAUCGGAUGUUUCUCUUUUUCCAUUCCCCAUGCCACAUCACACAGAUGCACAAGCCGAAGAGAGGAUACCCAAGAACUCUACGCCACUUAUGACAGGGCUGCCCGCACCAAAUGGACAAGUUGUGCUCAAACCAGAGAGUUGUCCUCCGACUCCGUAUUCUGAACAUGACAAUAUGCACAUGCGCUCUCGCUAUGGAGCGUCACAUGCCCCUUCUAUCGUAAAUGGUCGGCCAUUUGGUUUCUCUAGUUCCCAAAAUGACACUUACGUCACCCUUACACUCCCGAGGGCGAAGGACAACAUGCCUUGGCAGACAGCCCAGCACCCUUUGGAAGCUUUCAAUCAGCCCAUGGGUUCAACUCAAGCGCACCAGUCGCGACAGUCCCUGGCCUCAGAUUCUCGAACUCAGAAUCGCUUUAAUGCGUGCUUUGUUAACGACAACGCCACUCCUUCUGGCCAUGAGCCCAAGGAUUUCAUCGAAUAUGCCAAAGCGCGGCUCGCCGCGCAAGGAGUUCGACAAGGUCGAGCUGACUCUAUGAAAACCCUACCGGUCAAGAACCCACCGGUGUUUUCUGUACUCGCUCAGUCACGCCAAAGCCGCGCUAGGGGAGCAGCUUACCAUCCUUUGGGCGGAAAUGGCACAGCCGGCUUUUCAAAAAUCAGCUGGGACAUUUCACACGGUGGCAAUGAUGAUUCCGCCUAUGAACCAAGCCCGAUUCAGUAUACCCGCGAUUGGACAGAGUUUGAUCAUUGGGCCUAG